CAUCCACGAGCCUGUCUACCCGUGUGACAGAGAGCCAGCUACAUUAAUUGUGCCAUCUUGUCUACCUGAACCUUCUUCGUCAACAUGACUUUCCGCAUUGGUAUUGCCGUGUUCCUCGUCACCUGUGUGGCGUUUCUGGAAGCCAAGUCCGUGUCCGGGCGGAAUGCUGUUGGAUAUUAUGGAGGUGUCCGUGAUGCACCUUAUUUUCCAGAUUUUAAUCCUCUCGAGUAUUGCCAAUAUGGCGGCGAUGGCGAUAAGAAAGGGUACGGAGGCAAAGACAAUCGCGUCCAUUACUACUACAAUCCCGAGGACCCCUUUUGCAGCUUCGUGCAGUGCUCCAAUGGCAAGCCAGUCGUAAUUGACUGCGCUCCCCAUACUUUUAACACCCUCGUCAGCCUGGACGGAUACGAAUUCCAAUACGACAACCUGCUGUGUGACGGGGACGCCAGAAGCGAUGCCCAUGCGCCACAGUGUGGUAGACAAUAUCACUAAAAGUUAAGAACCAAGAAAGAAAAACUCUGCGCCACGGUAUCUUACCGACACUCCGCUUAUGGAACCCAUUGGUUUUUACUAAUAUUCAUAUAUCCAAAUGACAGCUGUGAUGAGAGAUAAAAUAGAGCGACGUUUUGCUAGGCUUUGGAGCCAUAUCUAACCUUGUCGUGCCAUGCAACGGUAGCCCGCGUGACAUCUCCACGCCAAAGGCAAUUCCAAGUGGAAACAAUAUAAUGUUGACAACAAAAGAACAUUAAAUCUGCCGCGCAGUUUUGCAAUCCAGAUGAAUUACCGAUGGUAAAAUGUUACCGGAAAAUAUAAUCAAAUUGAUUGGUAAAUCACAUGCCAAUGAAGUUCAUGACAACGCUUAACGUGCAAUAAAACCUUAAAAGAA